AAACUUCAAAAGCGUGUGGAAGAAGAUAAGAGAGGUUCUGAGAAAAAACGCUGCAAGUGAGGGAAAAUUUAAAAACAAAGGGAAGAAUUUAUAAAAGAGGCAAAGGAAGAGCAAAGAAGGGAAAAAAUAAAAAAAAUUAAAAUUCACUUGGGGCUCUGAAAGGGAUUUCUCUUCUGCUGAAGAAACAUUCUUUUCUCAAGCAAGUCUUCACCAUAGUGAUACAAUCUCAUUUAUUCGAGGCUCUGCAUUCUCAAGCAAGCAAAACAGCAAUGUCGUGCCAAAAAAAGCUACUUCUUAUUGAUGUUGACUGCGGUACUGAUGAUGCCCAGGCUAUUAUGAUGGCAAUUGCUGCUCCCAAUGUCCAGAUAUUGGCGAUUACUUGUGUGGGAGGAAACACACCAUUGGACAAUGUCUGCAAGAAUGUUCUGCGUGUUCUCAAACUCUGUGACAGACUUGAUAUUCCUGUAUACAGAGGUGCUUCCACAUCAAUAAUUGGAGGUAACAUUCAUGCGUCAUAUUUUCAUGGUAUAGACGGGCUUGGUGAUGUCCCAGAUCCAGAUGCUCCCGGCUUAGAGUUGAUUAAGAAAGAACAUGCUGUAGAUGCUAUGAAAAGAUUAGCAUCAAAGUACCCUGGCAAGAUAUCCUUGGUAGCUACAGGACCACUGACUAACUUGGCUCUGGCUGCGAGAAUGGAUCCAACAUUUCCUCAAAAAUUACAUUCUUUGUACAUAAUGGGAGGAAAUAUGGAAUCAAGGGGCAACACUACAGCUUGCGGAGAAUUUAACUUCCUUGCAGAUCCAGAAGCAGCCUACAUGGUUUUGAAUGACUACUUGUGUAAAACCUAUAUAGCUACUUGGGAACAUGCGUGCCGUCAAAAACUUCCCUGGGAAUGGUAUGAUCAGUGGGUUAAUACAGGGACAAAGAAGGCCGACUUCAUGAAGAAGAUCUAUGCUCACAGCUUGCAAUACUCUAGAAGUGAGAAGGAGCAGAGUGCAAUGGUAGGAGGGCCAGGAUUUGUCUCCUGCGACUCGUAUGCUAUGGCAGCCGCUAUUGAUGAGACCACUGUUACAAGUUUUAUCAAAUGCGCUGUUACAGUGGAGCUGAGCGGAAAAUUUACUCGAGGGAUGAUGGUGCUGGAUUUGAUUGAUGAGCUUAAGAAAAAACACAAAGCCUUUGUAAUGACUGGAUGUGAUAUGAAAAAGUUUAAACUCUUUAUGGAAUCUUCUGUCCAAUAAAAUAAAAUGGAUUUUUAUACAAUAGCAAAAUCAAUUCUGCUUGCUUUUAUCAGGAACAAGUUUUUUUUUUACAAUCACUGUUAUGUUUACUAGAUUGUAAUUAUAUUAUAAUACAAGCAAUUCUGCUCUGCAAGAAAACUGUCAAACUGUACACAAAUAUAAAAAUGUGUAUAUAAAAAGUGCCUUUUUAAACAA